AUGGGAUGGAUUCAUUUAUAUGACUGUUUAUGGAAAGGUUGUUGUAGAUAUUCUCCUGGUACUGCGAAUCGAAGUACCAUCCUUAAACAUCUCAAAAUUCAUUUUCCGAUAGAACCAGAUUCUUCGACAAUCGAAGAAUCAUCUCAAGUGAAAUUAGAUCAAAGAAGAAAUUUCCUUACGCAACGAGUAAACGUCUCUUCUGAUGCUGACGGAGAAGCCAUAGGUAUUCCAUUAACUGCUUGUUUAAUACUGCGAAAUAUGUCACGAUCGAAGAAAACGAUUCCCUACUUUAUGGCUUAUGAAACUGAGCUGUCGGAUAUUUUGGCAAAAUGCACAAAACGAUAUUUCUUUACAAGUAUACAACUAAGCAACCUCCAGAAAUCUCAAUUUUUGUCUUUGAGUCAGGCAAUUGAAUUAAUAAAACAAAAGAAAGUAUCUCCGGUUGUUUUGACCCAAAAAUGUAUGAAACAAAUAAAUGCGUUUCAUCAAAUUAACGCGUUUAUUCAAGUAAAAGAUUAUGAAAAAAUUCUUGAUCAAGCUAAACAAGCAGAAGAAAGAAUUCAACGAGGAGAGCCUAAAGGAAUAUUAGAUGGUAUACCAAUCGCUUGCAAAGAUAUAUUUUGCACUAAAAAUUUAUACACUACUUGUGGAUCUACAACGCUCAAAGAUUUUCAGUCAACUUAUAAUUCGACAGUAGUUGAAUUACUCGAAAAAUCAGGUGCUAUCAUAAUUGGAAAGACAAACAUGGAUGAAUUUGGAAUGGGCUCAGCAAAUGUGUACAGUGCAUAUGGUCUUACAUACAAUCCAUUAUUGUCGCUUUCACAAUUUCUUGAAUCCAUAGAAGAGGGUGACAAACGUGUUGCUGGUGGAAGUUCAGGUGGAAGUGCUGCCGCCGUGGCUUCUGGGAUGUGUUUUGCUGCAUUAGGCUCUGAUACUGGCGGGUCUGUUCGUUUACCUGCAUCAUAUUGUGGCGUAGUUGGGUUUAAACCUUCCUAUGGACAAUGCUCCAGAUGGGGAUUAACAGCAUACGCGAAUUCUUUAGACACUGUCGGAUUAAUAACAAGAACUGUUGACGAUACAAAAUUGGUAUAUGACUUGAUCUCAAAGUUUGACAAAAAAGACUCGACAUCCUUACCGCCAAAAUUCCGAUCAACUAAUAAAAAUUCAAAUCAAUAUAAUAUUGACACAAAAGAUUUGAGCGGGCUUCGAGUUGGUGUUCCACAGGAAUAUUUUGUAUCUGAACUUUGCGAAGACAUUAUUAAUUUAUGGCGUAAAGGAAUUUCCUAUUUAAAUUCUCAUGGUGCUACUAUUGUUCCUGUUUCUUGUCCCAAUACAAAAUAUGCUUUGCCGGUAUAUUAUAUACUUGCUCCAGCUGAGGCUUCUUCAAAUUUAGCACGUUAUGAUGGUGUAAGAUAUGGUUUCCAUACAAAUACAAAAGAAAAACAUACUGAUACGCGAGAUCAAGGACUUGGUGAAGAAGUAAAACGACCACAACGCGUAAGACAAUUGAUUCGAAAAGACUUUAAUAAUGUAUUUUCAAUGCCGAAUCCGUUGCUUGAUGAUAAUUUUGAGACGCUCAUUUCUGAAGAAAAGUUAAAGCACGGUGUAGAUGUGUUGAUAGCUCCGGUAGCAAUUUCUACUGCACCCAAAAUUCGUGAUUCACUUAAUUUAUCCGAUACUAGCAGCGAGAAUUUGAAAUCCGAUAGUUAUGAAAUAUUGGAUUCAUAUGUUAACGAUGUUAUGACUACGGCAGCAAGAAUUCCUUCUAUGAGCAUACCCUUUGGCAUCUCUUCUAAUGAUGGAUUUCCGAUUGGAUUACAAUUAAUAGCUCAGUAUGGAAAUGAAGAAACUUUAUUUCAAGUUGCAAAAGUUAUAGAGCGAGACAAUUAUUCAUAA